CCAAUUUUAUUUGGAAUUUUAAAACAACUAAAGAAAAGAAGAUUAUGUAAGGACGCUAUACGAAACCAGGGGCCGCGACGGAUGCGAAUGGAUGCACGCGAAAUUAGAAGAGUUGCGUGCGGUUGGGAGGGCGUAUCCAACAAUAAUGUGGCGGGAAAUGUUGGAGGGAGAGGCAAAUUCAAAAUGCUAAUUUUCAAUUUCGACCAUGGGUUGUUGCAUUUCAUAUAGCAAAUGGCUGACUCAGCUCCGGCCGAUAGUCGCGGUGGACGCGGUGGUUUUGGACGUGGUCGCGGUCGCGGUCGCGGUGGUCGUGGACGUGGUGGACGCGGACGCGGUCGUCGUGAUGACGGCGAGCAGGCCUGGGUUCCUGUGACCAAGCUCGGUCGCCUCGUCAAGGACGGCAAGAUCAAGUCGAUUGAGCAGAUCUAUCUGUUCUCCCUGCCCAUCAAGGAGUACCAGAUUGUUGAUGCUUUCCUGCCCAAGCUCAAGGACGAGGUCAUGAAGAUCACGCCCGUGCAGAAGCAGACCCGUGCCGGUCAGCGCACUCGCUUCAAGGCGUUCGUUGCCAUCGGUGACUCUGACGGCCACGUCGGUCUCGGUGUCAAGUGCGCCAAGGAGGUUGCCACUGCCAUCCGCGGUGCCAUCAUCCUGGCUAAGCUGUCGGUGAUCCCUGUGCGCCGUGGCUACUGGGGCUCCAAGCUCGGUGCCCCGCACACUGUGCCGUGCAAGGUCACUGGCAAGUGCGGUUCGGUUGUGUGCCGUGUUGUGCCCGCUCCCCGCGGUACCGGUAUCGUCGCCGCCCCGACCCCCAAGAAGCUGCUUGCUCUUGCCGGUAUCACUGACUGCUACACCACUUCUCGCGGUUCGACCAAGACUCUGGGUAACUUUGUCAAGGCUGCCUUCCAGGCCAUCAGCAACACCUACUCGUUCCUGACCCCGGAUAUGUGGCACGAGACUGUCUUCACCCAGGACCCGUACCAGGAGUUCACCGACCACCUGGUCAAGGCUGCCGACAAGAAGAAGUACUAAGCAAGCCCUUGUGUGUCUUGUCUUUUCUGUCACACUCUAGCCCUCCCCUUUUUUUGAGUGUAGCCUAACAUUUUUAUAACUCGAGUCGACCGAGAGAGGGCUUUCGCCGGGCCGCUGCCGUGCACAUCCUCCUUGGUUUGGCCAGUAAUAUAAAAAAGC